GUUUUCAUAUUUAUUUAUUUAUUUAAUUUAAUUUAAUUUGAAUUUUAUUCAAUGGAUUUGAACAGCGAUUCAGUUGACGCCAAAGUCAUUAAGGUUGGUGUCUCAUACGAUAUGAAACACCAAAAUCGUGGCAAAUGUGUUGUCUUUAAUCACCGGAAAUUUGACAAAUCGGAUGUUAAGCCCCGACCGGGAACUGAUAGGGACGCCGAAGAUGUUAUCAAAUGCUUUAAACGACUGCAGUUUGAUGUGAUUUGUGUAAAUGACGGCAGUUUUAGAGACAUUAAACAAACAAUGACUAAAAUGGCGAUCGAAGACCACUCGGACAGCGACUGUGUUGUAGUUGUAGUGCUAACACACGGCGACGAACAGAGCCUUUGGGCCCGAAAUGCCAAAUACCCGAUCGACACAUUGUUUGCAUACUUUACUGGAGACCGUUGUCCAACACUUGUAGGCAAACCCAAAAUAUUUAUAAUUCAGGCAUGUCGUGGAGAAGGCAUCGAUUCUGGUAUUAAAAUGAAAACUCUUGGUGUGGAUGAAGUGGAUAGCAAUCAUGAAAUUGUCUAUAAAAUCCCAACAAUUGCUGAUUUCCUUGUCUACUACAGCACCGCUCCGGGUCACUUUUCUUUCCGAAAUGUGGAAACCGGGUCCGUAUUUAUCCAAGAAUUGGUAGUUGCCUAUUAUUUCGAGUCCUAUUCGCCCGACAAAAAGGCUUACCAUAAGAAGAAACAAAUACCGAGAAUGGGAGGAAUAGUGUGGGAAUGCCUUCUGUUAUCGGUUAAAGGUUUGACACCUUUCCGCUCGAGGACUGACGGACUUACGUUACGGACCCGCAGGCGAACUGUAUNUCGAGGACUGACGGACUUACGUUACGGACCCGCAGGCGAACUGUAUCUACCUUUGGGUGCCGUCAGUCCUCAAGUCAUGGCAUUAACCCAUACUUAG